CUUUGAUGCUCAAAACCGCUAAAUUAGAGGCUGUGAAAUACAGGAAGUUUCGAUAUUAUUGUUAAUAGUUGUAUUUAUAAUAUAUACAACAUAUAUUUGCAUACAAGAGAAGUUAAACUCUUCUAAUAUGUUUUCAAAUAAUUUUUUGAGCCAGGAAAAUAUAGUAACUUUAUUAUCAACAAUAGAUGUGGGUUACAAAGAACCAUCAGAUCCAUUUUUUGAAAAAUGCGACAAAUUGAAAAGCCAGUUUAAAAAAUUAGGUGUGAUCACUUUAGUAGAAGAAAGUGAUCUUCAUUCUAAGCUUCCUGUAUCUUGUAAUAUUCCUGGAUGUAAUCAAAUGUUUGACACAAUUUUUGAAUUUGAAACUCAUUACAAUUCUUUACAUAGAUAUUUGUGUUCUUUUUGUAAGAAAAAUCUUCCAAGUGCACAUUUAUUAGAUUUACAUGUUUCUGAAAGUCAUGACUCGUUUUUCGCUGCUCAAGCAGAGAAAAAGGCGAUGUUUUCUUGUUUUAUAGCAGAAUGUUCUUACAAAAGUUUAAAUGCUGACGAAAGAAAAGAUCACUGUAUACGAGAUCAUAAAUUUCCAUCGAAUUUUAGAUUUGAAACUUCUUCAACUUCAAAUAUAAAAUUAGAAAAAUGUCAGGAAAAAAUCGAUGACACGGGUGCAAUGGAUACUUCAAACGAAAAAGCUUCAGAAGCUAUAAACAAACUUGAACCGAGUAAUCUAAAUUUUUUUUCUUUCGGACAUCAAAGAAUUAAAACUUUUGAUAGAUCGAAAAAAGGAAAAGCGAAGAACAAUAAAAAGAAACUGAACAGUGAGGUAGGAGUAAGCCCUUUAGAAGAUGAAGAGAUGGUUACAGAUUUGUUAGAUAGUUUACCAAACAAAAAUUGUUAAUAAAUUGCAUAAAAUUAAAUAUGUGAAGAGUAAAUUAAUAUAAAUUGAUUUGUUUUCUAUUAGAAAAUGGGUUAAAACUUUCUUAGAAAAAAAUAGAAUAUAUGUAAUACUAAAAUAAGAAAUUUAUGGUAUCAGUGGUAUUUAAUUUAAAUGGAAAUUCCUUAAAUUUAUAAAUUAGAUAUUAUAUGCUAGUUUUUCUGUGGACAGACAAAUCUA